AUGAUGGACGAACUUCAUAACAAAGCUGUAUGCAAUGAAUCUUUAGAAGGAAAUAUAUUAAACUUAAAAAGUAACAUUUCGAUUCCAAUAGACAGCUGCAAUAAUUAUACAAAUCACACGGAGUUGUAUAUAGAACCUACAUUAUUAUACGAUGUACCAGUAAGCAUAAUUCUUCUUCUGUCAAUGUUCUAUGGAACGAUUUCUGUCAUGGCAGUGGUUGGAAAUGCUUUAGUAAUAUGGAUUGUGACGUCGAGCAGACGGAUGCAUAAUGUGACCAACUUGUACAUAGCAAACUUGGCAUUAGCCGAUAUCGUUAUCGGUCUGUUUUCUAUACCAUUUCAAUUUCAGGCCGCCCUGUUGCAGCGAUGGAAUUUACCGGCUCUAAUGUGUCCGUUCUGUCCGUUCGUACAAGUGCUUUCAGUCAACGUGAGCAUUUUUACCCUGACCGCGAUCGCAAUUGACCGACACAGAGCUAUUCUCAGUCCGCUCAGCGCAAUACCAUCGAAAUUCCGAGCAAAAAUGUCAAUAGCUGCCAUUUGGGCGAUAGCUUUUGUGCUCGCGACGCCAAUGGCUAUUGCUCUCAGAGUGCAAUUUAUCGAAUACGGAGAUAGAGACGGCCGGAAGUUGGUGAAACCGUUCUGCUACAACGUCCGGCUCCCAGAGCGCACCAUGCUGUUCUACAGGCUCACACUUCUGUUCGUCCAGUACCUGGUACCCGUCGUCAUCAUAACGGUUGUGUAUAUGCGAAUGGCGUUACGGCUGUGGGGCUCACACGCCCCGGGAAACGCUCAGGACAGCAGAGAUGCUAAUCUGAUGAGGAACAAGAAAAAACACGAGGGAGUUGAUUCUAAAUAUGGUGGAGUAGGAAAUGCAUAUUACACAGAAUCAAAUGAAAAAAUUAUGAACGGUGUUGGAUUUGAAUGA